AUGUCAUCUCUCCCACGCACUACAACCCGUACUACAGACGGCUCACCUUCGACGUGACCUCCAUGGAGAAGAAUGCCUCUAACCUGGUCAAGGCUGAGCUACGCGUCUUCCGCCUCCAGAACCCCAAGGCCCGCGUGUCUGAACAGAGGAUCGAGCUGUACCAGGUAAACCUCCCUUCUGUCCUCAUCUCUAACCAGGUUUCCAUCCAAUAUUUUAUUUUUAUUUGGUAUUAUUAUUGGUAUUUUACCCCCUUUUUCUCCCCAAUAUUGAUCAUGUGUCAUCACUGCAACUCCACAAUGGGCUCGGGAGGCGAAGGUCCAGUCAUGCGUCCUCCGAAACAUGACCCGCCAAACCAUGCUUCUUAACACCCACCCACUUAACCCGGAAGCCAGCCGCACCAAUGUGUCGGAGGAAACAUUGUUCAACUGACGACCGAGUCAGCCUGCAGGCGUCCGGCCGCCACAAGGAGUCGCUAGAGCGCGAUGAGCCAAGUAAAGCCCCCCCCGGCCAAACCCUCCCCUAACCCGGACGACGCUGGGCCAAUUGUGCACCGCCCUAUGGGACUCCCGAUCACGGCCGGUUGUGAUACAGCCUGGGAUCGAACCAGGUCUGUAGUAACGCCUCUAGCACUGCGAUGCAGUGCCUUAGACCGCUGUGCCACUCGGGAGGCCAAUUCAACCUUUUUAUGUGAGUAAAGUACAUGUUGGAUAAAACAUUUUACGACCAGCCUGAUGGAAACAGAACAUUUGUCGGUAAACUUUCCAAAUGUAGACUAAACAAAGUACGCUAGACAAGGUGGCAUCUUUUUGUGUCAGUAUAAUUAAUUAUGCGAGAAAUGUCGGUGGAAAUGCUAUUAUUCACAAAUAUUGAUAUAAUAACCAUCAUAUCGAAGUAAACUUGGAGUCACGCGAUGACAUGUUGUGUGGUACUCCCACUACGACUUGUACGGAAAGCAUGCAGUUUAUUAGGCUACAGAUUAAAUAAAUUAUGAUGAACUUCACAGGUUGGAGAAAGUGCAAGGUGAUGAGCUUGAUGCUCCUUUCCAAUAAAUAUCGAGGGUCUUAUUUUGGUGACAUGAUCAUCGAUGCUUGGCUGCCGUUUGACAAAUAAAUAAUAAUCUCAUCAUGUAGGCUUUAGGCCUAACCGCACUGUAUCUGUGAGCUGUUGGCUAGAGCGCACAUGCCAAUACCAGAGUUGGCACACUCGCUAUAUAAAGCAACAUUGUUUGUGAGAAAACCAUCAGUAGAGUUGAAAAUGCAAUGGAAACCCAUUGAACUUGUAUUUUUUAUUUGGUACAUGGGAAUUUAACCGCAAAAGGUAUUUUUAUGUGCACUAUGUCAUCACGCACAGCUUUUUAUCUACAACAAGUCAAUUUGAUGGAAACACAUCUCUGGUGGGAAAAUGUGCAUAUUGUUUUUAUGUGGAUUUUAGAAUAUUCGCAUGAAAAUCUGUAGCCAGUUGGAGGAAAACCUAGUUGAUUAACCACUCUGAGCUGGAUCUAGUGUCAUUUCCACUUAAGGUCAAAACAGACCAUGCCAGCGAUUGGUUAAAAGCAGUGAGUGGCCAUCGUAUCACCUCUAACCACAGAACAACUGCUGUCAUUUUCUGUUAAUUUCCCGACGAUUCUACAUGUGCAAUCGCCACCGUUCAUCGACACCCAGCAGGUGAUUUACUAUGCACGGCUGAUGUACAUUAUGGUGUGUAUUUUCCUUUAGUCUUUACUCAACCACUCCAUACUAUAUACAUACUGUGUCUCCAUUGGCACACCUGACACAGCAUGAAUAAUACUAUGGUGGUAUUCCACAAAGAUACCACUUUUUGUUUUAAUCCCCUAUAUUUUACCACUUCAGACCAGUGUGAAAUAGAUGACUAAAUGCUUACCACUAAAUUACUAUAUGCCAUACUUGAGCGUACAUGCGUGCACACACACACACACACACACACACAUUAUGAAGCUCAGCAUGGGCCUGUUAGUAAUGUGUGAGUCGGUAGUGUCGGGAGCCGGGCGGCUCAUGGAUCAGUCCAGCGUUAUUUGUGAGUGGAGAGAGGAGUGUGGAAUGCAGAGCGGUGAUUUAGACCCGGUGCUGAGUCUCCGGGGGCUGCGCUCCAGCCCAGCCAGCCCAGCGUCUACUGCCUCCACACAGUGUAGGGCCUUCGGCACCAGCCCAUUCCCAGGGCGUGGUAGUGUUUAUGUCCAGCCAGGGGAAUGACAGGUGGCCUAAACACAGCUCAACAUGGAGGAUUUUCUCACGCAAACACAGGCGAUUGAAAGCGUGUGAGGGAGGAUGAAUAGAGCCGGUGCAACCAGAGAGAGUUUCUCCAAGGAGAUCAACUGAUAACCUUCAGUAAUACAUUCAAGUCGUGUUGUACAUGAACUGGACACCCAAAACCUUAUGCAGAUACAGAGUGGAAUUUAGCCUAUCAUAAUUAUGUAUUUUUCAGAGAUACAGUGAUACUAUACAUUAUCGAGUGGAAAGGUUUUCUCUUUGCCAUGACUGUUGAGGAGUGAUCGGGCCCUGAGAUGGUUCACUCACCAGGGCCUAGUGAAGACUAGCCAGGGCCUAGAGGAAAGAUAGCUAGGGCCUAGAUAUGUUGAAGUAAGUAGCCAUCCAGGUAGAUCGGCCCCCAUCUCUGUCUCUCAUCUCAAGAGUCUCUGUAGGCUUACUUUUCAGAGGUUUUGACUGGUCUCAACCUCUCUUUCCUCUCUCUCUCUCUCUCGCUCUCUCUCUCUCUCUCUCUCUCUCUCUCUCUCUCUCUCUCUCUCUCUCUCUCUCUCUGCCUCUCUCUCGCCUUUCCCCUACCUCUUCUCCCUCCCUCUCUCGCUUCUCUCGUUAGGCUUCCCUGUAGUAGCAGUAGAUCUCAGUGGUGUAGCAGACAGUGGUGGAGUAGAGGAGCAGUGUUUUUCACAUUAAGGAGAGCAUGGCCAACAUAAAUACAUGGUUAUGAAGGACAGCAGAAUAACAACGCUCUGUCCGGCAUCUGUUUCCGGCCCAGCUUGGCUCCUCCUAGACCUGCUCAAUCAAUCAGGGAGAGGGGGAGACUGGGGGGACAGGGGGGACCACUACCAGACCCAAGUAACUGAACCAGGAGCGACUUCUGGGACACUUACCAGAGUUUCCCUCCAGGUUGUUCUCGUACAUAGGACUUGUGUUGUGCAUGUGGACUCACACGUGCGCUUGAUGUGUUUCCACAGAUUUUGAGUCACAAGGACUUGGCGUCCCCGACGCAGCGCUACAUCGACAGCAAGGUGGUGCGCACGCGCACGGAGGGGGAGUGGCUGUCUUUUGACGUGACAGAGGCAGUCAGUGAAUGGUUGCUUCACAGAGGUAGGACGUGGAGGUUUUGACCUCCUAUACUACAGCUGAAUCACUGAUCAUACGUGAUGCUGAAAUCUCAUUGGCCUGUUGUGGAUGAACAAUCCUGUCUAUUUUUCCCCCCAGACAGAAACAGUGGAUUCAAGAUCAGCUUGCACUGUCCGUGCUGCACAUUUGUGCCCUCAAACAACUACAUCAUCCCCUAAUAAGAGUGAGGAGCUGGAAACCCGCUUUGCAGGUAUGUAUUGGACAGGAUAUGUGUGUUACUCUACAGGUAUACAGAUGCUAUCUUAAUUUGACCAGUUUCUCACAGCAGGAAAAUAAUCCUGCAGCAACAGGACAUUUGAAUUAUUAUGGACAUUUUUGAAGGGGUUGAUACAUUUUUUGUUCGGGCAAAUCAAGUCUGACAUUUUAAAGUGCAAAUUACAAACUUUAGAAGCCUUUUUAAACCUUGAACACUACAGUUUUCAUUUCCUGGUGCGCAGGAAAAUUCUCUGCGACAACAGAGUGGUCAAAUUAAGGUAGAACAUCUGUAAAUUGAGAGGUAAAGGCAGUACAUUGUAUUUUACUUGUAUUCAUAUGUAGCUAACUGACAUUAAUAGUUAUGCAACAAUGUGUUUGGCAAGAAGUGCAGUAAGUAGCAGAUAUGCAGUUUGUGUGAUUCACUGGUACAGAUGAUAUUGGUUGUGUCCCAAAUGGCACACUAGUUACUAUAUUGUGCACUACUUUUGACCAGAGCCCUAUGGGUCCUACACAGAUGUUCUAUCUUAAUUUGAUCACUCUGUUGUCGCAGAGAAUUGUCCUGUGCAGCAGUAAAUGCACAUUUUAGUGUAUUCAAGGUUUUAAAAGGCUUCAAAAAUAUGUAAUUUCCACUUUUUAAUGUCACACUUGAUUUGACAUUGUAUGAACAUGAUGGAUAUUGAUGAUAUGUAUGUGUAUGAUUGACAGGUAUAGAUGACAGCUUCCACCACAGCGGAGACCUGAAGGUGUAUAGGAAGCGGCGCCACAGCGCCCAGGCUCCCCACCUGCUCAUGAUGCUGCUGCCCUCCUACCGCCUGGAGUCCCAGCACAAGAGCCACCGCUCCAAACGAGCCCUGGACGCUGCCUUCUGCUCCAGGUACUGACCCCUACUGACUCCACUCUGCUGGCGGGAACUCAACACACACACAAGCAUGUGCGCAUGCACACACACACACACCUAAUAGAUACUGUACAUACCUAGUAAAUAGUUACCUUCUCUGUCAGCAGCUCACCCUCUCAGUGACACACAUACACACUUGGCAAUUGUUCUUAUUGCAGAACUCUCUCCGCUCACAGCUAUGCAUGUAUUCACUCUCUCUUACAAACACACCCACACACACACAUACAAACACACACACGUGUGGCUCCCACAGAACCGUAUCCAUCCCUCACUCCUAACGCUCUCUGUCUUCCUACACACAGAAAUGUCCAGGAUAACUGCUGCUUGCGGUCGCUCUACAUCGACUUCAAGAAGGAUCUGGGCUGGAGGUGGAUCCACGAGCCCAAGGGCUACAACGCUAACUUCUGCGCCGGGGCCUGUCCCUAUCUAUGGAGCGCUGACACACAGCAUUCCAAGGUGAGAAUUCAAGGGUCAAAGGUUAAAUAAUCCAAAGGGAUUGGUUUAGAGCCAGCAGAGGUCUGAGUGGUGGUGUAGAGCAGUGGUGAGAGUAGCAGUGUGGAGUAGCGGUCAUUGUGGCAGCAUUGUGCAGUAGAGUUCUUCUGUAGAUCGUCUCAUUCCUCUGUAGAGUCUGAAAUAAGAAAAGUAUUGGCCCUGUACUGUUUCAUUCAGGGUCACCUCUAGCCCUGGUUUCAUUGGCUCUGUGUUUCAUUGCGAUAAAGAGAUCAUUUUUAUUUUAUUUAAUAGUUUCAAGCAGCACUGGUCAAAGACCAUUGCCUUUGUCAACAUCAAGCCUCAUACUUUACCUCUGUGUGUGAUUCUUCACUUCAGGUGCUAGGCCUGUACAACACCAUCAACCCGGAGGCGUCAGCAUCGCCCUGCUGUGUGUCUCAGGAUCUGGAGCCUCUCACCAUCCUCUACUACAUCGGCAAGAACCCCCAAGAUAGAGCAGCUCUCCAACAUGAUCGUCAAGUCCUGCAAGUGCAGCUAGGGAACUGUUACAAGGCAACACACAUUCAGUCAUACACAUUCAUACACACGUGCAUAUUCAGUCACACACAUACCCACUUGCAUACACACACAUUCAGUCACACACACAUGCAUACACAUAUGCACAUGUGUAUGCACCUAGCCACCCACACACACACACACACACACACAUACACACAUUCUUCGACAAACACAUACUGUACAUUCACACAGUCAGUCACACUAUCACUCACCUGCACUAUUGUACAGACAUAUUUGAUCUCCUACAAGCAAGUUGAAAAGGUGCUGAGCAGGUCUAGGUACAGAAAACAUGUCUCCCGAAACAACCAUACACACACACACACACACACACACACACACACGGGCGAACACACACACACACACACACAGCUGUGGCUUUUGUACAGGCGUGCCUGUGUUUUUGUGUUUAGAAAGGCCCUGUCAACAUGCCUCACCUCACACACUUGUCACACAAAGACGCAAGAGUAUGACAAACACUGGAAAAAAGUAUAAGUGUCUAUAUGUGAAAUAAUACGUCUGAGAAACAAAGACGACCCCCCCGUUUUCAACAUUCAAAGCCAUCUCCUUGUUUUUGUUUGUCUCGUUUUUGCAUCCUUUUGAAACGAUUGUAAUUUUCUAUUUUGUUUAGAUUUC